AUGGCCGACUGGGCACACCAAGCUUCCCAAAUGGCAAACAUAUUCGCCAGCGCUUAUCUUACGAUUGCAGCUUCCGGGGCAGAAAAUGGCAACCAAGGACUUUGGAAUCGGGUGAAAAUGGCCAAGUUCACUAAGCCAUAUGGUAACUCAGAUUACACCGUUUGUGUCCGCGAGCGGUUUGAUCACGAACUUCACUUUGAGCAUGAGCACGAGGCUCGAAAUAGGCAACUUUCCACUCGAGGCUCUGAGUUGACAUUGCGAAAGCGCGCUUGGUGUCUGCAAGAAGAGCUACUUUCUAAGCGAGUUGUUCACUUCACGCGCCAGGAAAUCGUGUUCGUUUGUCUCGAAGCAACAAUAUGCGAAUGCAUACCUUUCUGGGAGAACCGAUUCAAGCUAAUACUUCACUUCGGCAACGACAGUAUAUAUAAAACCGAAAGCUGGUGUGAGCUAGUCCGGAUCUAUUCGGGACGGAAUAUCACUUUCUGGCAAGACAGACUUCCUGCCCUGUCUAGCUUGACAAAUUACUUCGAAAAAGAUGCCGGUCAGUAUCUCGCCGGUCUUUGGGAAGCUCAGUUGCCUGCAUGCAUACUUUGGUUCACAAUCCAUGGUCGUCGUGCUAAGCCGCCAAAUCCUUCGAUAUGCAGUCCACUAUCGUGGUCAUGGGCAUCCAUCGAAGGUGGUAUCAUUGACUUUGAAGAGCAAAACCCGCCUGAUUUAGAAGGGUGGGAUAAGAAAGGAUUUUGGUGGAUAAGGUCUGUUACAGAUAUCAUUGAGGGUGUGGUCUAUCCCAGUACUAGCGACCCCAGAGGCAUGGUGUCUGGAGGUUACAUGACUCUGGUAGCGCCAAUGCUGCCGCUCAGGAGUAUUGCCCGCUAUUGUGUAAACUCCGAUGGAUCCGACUGGCGGCAUGAGCCACAUCUCAUCUUCCAGCCUGGUUGGGCUCCACAGAGCAAUGAUGGAUGGCUAAAAGAUAGCCUCGUCUUCUGCAACUUCGAUGAAGCAGCCAGCUUGUUGGAGAUGCCUAAAAAUAACCGUUUCGAUGGUAAUUUGGUAUUUUUCGUCUUGAGAAUUAUUCAGUCCUUUGUUCAAACUGUUGAGUCGCAGAAGUGUCACUGCGAAGGAUUGGUGCUUAGGCAACUUACGCACCUUGACGAGACUCAAGAAAAGUCAAUGAAAGGACGUGAGAGUGAGCCGGCAUAUGCUAGAGUCGGAAUAGGCCGCAUGGAUGUUGAUAAGACGGAGAUUGAGGAAGUUGUGGAAAAGCUUACGUAG